AUGAAGCUGCACGCGGACGAAUGGCCGCGUGUGCCCCUCGUUCAAGGUGCCCUCAACCAUCAGCCAGUGGAACGGAUGGGAGGAAUUGCACCACUAACAGCGUUUACCGGCCUGUCAGCCAAGACCCCGGUGGUGGGAUUUGUCCACCCGAAGUCCAAAGAAGUUUACGUCGCGGACUGGCUUGGCGACGCCCGUGAAAACCAUGUGAUGGACCUCCAAGAGACGCUUGAAGAAACGCACGGCAACGUUGAGGUGCGAAUCGAAAGGUUGCGUCAGCAAGCGCGUGGACGCCGCGACCGAAAAUCACAAGUUAAGUUUGCGGGUUUUUCGGUCGGCGAUUUUGUGCUUGUCGGAUUGGUCGUCAACCGUCCGGCAAAAUUGGCCCUGCAUUGGCGCGGACCCUGCCAAGUGACCACAGACCACGAUGAUGGAGGCUUCGCAGCUGGUGCCACCCGCCUGGACGAAGCGCGCUGCAUGGAUGGCCAACAAGUUUUGGUGAAGUGGCUCGCACACGACGACGACGAAUCGUCCUCGGAACCUGAGGCGAAUUUGUUGGAUGACAUUCCGGUCGUAUUUCGCAAAUGGGCGGCGGCCAACAGGGAAGACACUAUCGUGGCCGCCCUCAUCAAGACACUGGACUUUCCACAAGAGGAGAGGGGAAGUUUUCUGCAGUGUGCAGAGCAAUUGGGCCGCGCGUUAAUUUCACCCAUAUCUCCAGCAUCCAACUCCACCAGCGAAAACUACGUGCGAUAUGCACGGAGUCUUGGGCCUUUGAGCACCUUGGCCGAACUGGCGGCAAACCCUGUGACGAUGUUGAGUACAAGCUCCCCCACGGACAAGAUUUGGUCUUUGAUGGCAGUGAUGCAAUCGAAGGUGGUUUUUGCGGCCCCCAUGCCGCAGUUCACCCACGAGGGAGGAGGGCGACCCCAGCACACCGGGCCGAGACCCGUGUGCUUGGGCUUGCACUUGGGGUAG